AUGUCGUUCAGAAAAAGGAGUGUUGUCCCUCAAUCUGGAGGCUCAGCAACAAAUCAGACAACUGCAAAACAGACUCUACCACAAGGCGUAAGGCCUUCGCCUUUGGAUGGACGUUUGACCACUUCAACAGGAACACAUUCACUGGACUCGUUAUUAUCUGGUCACGCGGGUCUCGCCUUGGGUACAUCUUUGUUUAUUGAAGAGAACGGUACUACUGACUUCGCUGGGGCAUUAUUAAGAUACUAUGCAGCUGAAGGGGUUGUUCAAGGUCACCAUGUCCACGUGCUAGGGAUGAAUGAGGCUUGGGGGAGAGAAUUGCCUGGACUUGGAGUGGAAGAUGGGUCGAAGAAGGCCGAGACGCGCCAAAAUGAUGAGAAGAUGAAGAUCGCUUGGAGAUAUGAGAGAUUAGGUGAAUUUGGAGCCGGCGCAAGAGACCGGAAUGCGCCACAGUCGAGACCGGCAUCCGACUCUUCAAGUACAGCAGUCUUUUGCCAUGAUUUUGAUUUGAGCAAACGGCUUAUAUUACCUUCUCCCUCAAACAUGAAGUUUGCCUCAUUAUCCAUGAGAUCUAAACUCGAUUUCAAGGACACGGAGAGCACGAUAUCUCCUUUCACAGCUUUCCUGACCCAUCUUACUUCCCAGAUAUCUAACGCGCCAACUACGGCCAUCCACCGCAUCAUCAUUCCUAACAUCCUUUCUCCUGCAAUCUAUCCGGCGGAAGCUGCUAAACCUGAGCAUCUCCUCCAAUUUCUUCAUGCUCUGAGAGCAUUACUUCGACUGUACCCAACUCAAUUAACUGCUAUCAUAACGCUUCCUCUAAGUCUUUAUCCUCGGAGUACAGGCUUAACACGCUGGAUGGAACUUCUCAGUGACGGAGUGCUAGAGCUGGCACCAUUUCCAUCAACAGCAGUGGCAAUAAAAUCCAAUCCUACAUCAACUAUCCAAGAGGAACCUCCACAGGGAAUGCUAAAGGUUCAUCGUCAGCCCAUAUUCCACGAGAAGGGCGGUGGAGAAACUAGCGGGUUCGAAAAUGAUUUGGCGUUCACUCUCAGCAGAAGAAAGGGCUUGGUUAUUAAGCCUUUCAGUUUACCUCCAGUCGAAGGAGACUCGGAAGCACAACAAGGCGGGCUGGAGCACGAUCAUGGGAAGGCGACAAAGGUUGAUAUCGAGUUUUGA